UACGUUGUUUUUUGUUUCCGGUGCACUGCAUCAAAACAAUGGCAGCAAUGGGCGAUGACAGCAAACCUAGAGUUUUGAUAUUGGGAGGUUGUGGUUUUAUCGGCAGAAACUUGGUGGACUAUCUGAUCAGUAAUGAUCUGGCACGUGCUGUGAGAAUUGUGGACAAAACACCGCCUCAGACUGCCUGGCUCAACACAAAACACCAAGAAGUAUUCAACAAUCCAAGAGUGGAGUUCAGGAGUGCAAACCUUAUAAAUCCUGCUUCCUGCGAGAAUGCGUUCGCCAGUGAUGGAGACGGUGAUUUUGACUAUGUGAUAAACUGUGCCUGUGAAACCAGACCUGGUCAGACUGAUCCUGUGUACCGAGAGGGUAUAUACAAGCUUACCGUAAACUGUGCUUUAGAAGCAGCCAAACAUAACGUCAAAAGGUUUGUCGAAGUAUCUUCUGGCCACAUGUGCUCCACAGACAAGUCCCCGCACCGCGAGGACAGCAAGGCGGAGCCGUGGACGUACGUGGCCAAGUACAAGCAUCAGGCGGAGGAGGAGUUACCCAAGAUACCGGGUCUCAGGUUCACCGUCCUCAGGCCGGCCAUCGUCUACGGCAUCGGGGACAAGCACGGGCUGGCUCCCCGCCUGGUGAUCGGCGCCGUCUACAAGCACCUCGGCGAGAUGAUGAAGCUGCUGUGGACCAAGGACCUGAAGAUGAACACGGUGCACGUGACGGAUCUGUGCCGGGCCGUGUGGCACGUUGCGAUGAGGGACGACACCCUGUCCCAGGUGUACAACGUCGUGGACGAGGGGGACACCACCCAGGGCACCAUCAGCAGCCUCGUGUCCGAGAUAUUCAACAUCAACCACGACUACUGGGGCACCGCCGUGUCCACCGUGUGUAAGACGGACAUGAGCGGUGUGGUGGAGGAGGUGAACGACAAGCACAUGGGCCCGUGGGCGGAGGCGUGCCGCCUGAGCGGCGUGGAGAACACUCCCCUCACGCCGUACAUCGACCAGGAGCUGCUGUACAACAAGCACCUCUGCCUGGACGGCGGCCAACUGGCGAGGACGGGCUUCCAGCUCUGCGUGCCACGCAUCACCAAGGACAAGCUCAGGGAGAUUUUGGAAGACUACGUCGUCAUGAAUUUGUUCCCACGAUCGCUGCUCAUGUGAUGAUCCAAGCGGGAUGCAAAUGCAGAAUGUACUGGAGUUGGAAGUAUGUGUUUGUUACCCAUAUUCAGUUAUUGCAUGUUGUAAUCAGUUUACCUGUUGCAAGGAUGGUAUGGUACUUACCCAUGUAAAUACCUAUGUUUUUUUCUGCUGCUUUUAUAAAGCAAUAUUGCUCCAAAAAUAAAUAGGGAAGGUGACAAAUGUACAUAUUUGUACUACGUGUGCAUGCAAAUUAAUUCACAUGUAGGGUCAAAAAGAAUGAGUAAAUAUUAAUCAUUUUACUCUAUUGUGCAAGUGGAUUCAAAGUUCUUUGCAUAAAUUCAAACUCAAGACAAUAAAUUUAACUUGCAGAGUAAUUCUUUGAGUAAAAAAAAAAAUUCUUUAGACAGGUUUUCUUUACGUAGGGUGGUGAAUUUUUGAGGUAUUGUAUUAUCAUGUUAAAUUUUUGGAAUUAAAUUAUUGAAGAAAUGUAGUUAUUUAAAUGUAAAAACUUUUUAUAAUACUGCUUUUAAUUCAGUGUGUUUGGCUUUUUGUAAGGAAAACUUAGAUUGCAUUGUUAGUUAACCUGUAAGUUUUGUCUGGGUACAAAUAUCUAUUAAUGCCCCAUGGAAUAUCUGAGCGUAGGUCUCGCAUGUUAUGCAAACACAAUUUAAAGUUACAGUGUUUGGACUAGGAUAGCAGAUUGCCUCCGCAAUGAGAAAGUAAACAGUUUGCUACAACGGGUUCCAGCGAGGCCUGUGCAAAUAUUUAAACCUCAUAAUAUAACAAAAAAAUAGAUAGUUUAUUAUCCUUAUUAAAUUUUAUUUCAAAUUCUUUUACUAAAAAAAAAGACCUAUAAAACUUAUUCAAAAUGUGGCAAAGCUAUUUAUUGUACAUGUAUCACUUUAUGUGUGUAAUCACAUUUAAGUAUUCACACUCAGAAUUCAUAUUGAGGUUAGGAGCCAUUUAUGUGGAUAAUUAAUGUGGUCAUACCUAGUUAAAAUAUAUAUAUCAAUGGCCCUGACUUUUAUUUAAACAUGUGCACAGGUAACAUCAGAAUGGCCAAAGUUCACAUAGCAGUGCAGUCGGCUUCAUGAAAUUUUCAAAUGAGUCUUAAGCGAGAGAGCAACAAGCAGUUUUUUUAACACUGCAAAACAACCUUAAAUCUGGAAAGGGUGCUAUUUUCUUAAUUUUUUUUUUAAAUACUUAACCAUCAACGUAGAAUUCUUCCAUUCCAAUGAAAGCAUGUUUAAAGUUAUUGUUUGAAUAGGUAUUUUAAAAAUACCAGAAACAAAUAAAAACAUUUUCCCCCACUAUGCUAUUUAAAUUCAGUGUUUGUAUUUAAGAUACAGAUGUAGAAAGGAUUUGAGUAUUUGCAUUAUCUUGAAAGUACUUUUGGUACAGGUUAAGAUGGUUUUUCUAAUGCUCUCCAUUGUACUUGUAAAAUUAAAUUAUAUAAAUAAAAUUACAAUAUUAUGGAUUCUGAAAACUUGGUUUGUGAAACAAAUAUUUAAAGGGUUGAGUAUUACAAUACCAUAGUUAAUAUUUUUAAUUUCUUGCACAUUAUUUUCAUUUUGACCCUUGAGAUUUAGAUUUGGAUACGAGGAGUAGGUACAUUCAAAAUACUCUUGGGGAUUCAAAUUUGAGAUUUUAAUUCGAGAAAAUUGAUGUGACCCAUCACUAGUAAUAACAAAACAAAAAAAUCAAUAAAAAUCAAUAAGGAGCCUUAAGUAAAGUUGCUGCUCAUAUAGCGCACCAGUGCAGACUGACAGACUAAAACACUGUGCUCAUAUUUCGUAUGAGAUUGUCCUGAAAGUGUUAAAAACACCUCAUACUAUUUUGGUGCAUGUGUUUGUAACUAAGAGCAAAAUUCAUAAUUAGCAUAACUUCACAUUUUUUUAAAAUUGAUGUUGCAUUACUAAAUAAAUAUUGCAUUAUGAAUAUGCACAUAUUUGAUUCAAGUUAUUUAGAGUCCCAUGUAUUGAAGGUCUUGAUAUACUAAAACUAGAAUCAAAAAUCAAAAAAUUCAAUGACGUGUAGGAUUUAUAAAUGGAAUCUCCAAAAUAUGGAAAUAUUUGAUUUUACUGAUGUAAUUUUUCACAGGGUUUCGCAGUUUAUAUGAAACAUCUUUUAAUGUUAAAAAGGAGAAUUAGUCACUUUCCCUAAGUUUGAGAGUAACGUAAAAUUACGUAUUGCAAUGUCUGUGUGUAAUAUACCUAAAAAAAAAAAUUAAAUAAAAAAGAUUUUUGUACAAUACAGGAGAUAAAAGGUUUAAUGUAUGUAAACUUUUUAAAACAUUGUGCCCCUCAUUUUAUGAUGUUAAAAUUUCUGUUGUUUUUAAUUUUAUGUCGAAAUCUACUUUUCUUUUUAAACUCAUCACUUGAUGUGGUAUAUCUAUAGACUGUAAGAAUAAUAUUCGAGUAUGCAAUAUACCAAAUUUUAAUGUUAUUUUUAAUGUGAUGUACUUAAUUAAGGAAUUGUUUCGCUGGCUAAACUAUUUUGGUUUGAUCUAUUAAUGAAUCAAGGAGUGUGUUUAGUAAUACAGACUUCAGAAUGAAGUGUUAUAUAAUGACAGGAAUUCUAUGGUGAAAGUAUUAAACAGGAUGUGCACAUUAUGGAAAAUCAGGGAAAAGUCAGAGAAGUGGAAUAAAUCGGGGAAAGUGAAGGAAUUUGCUUGAAACUUUGAAAUGCUAAAAAAAUUCAUGUAUAUACGUAUCCUAAUGAUUUUGGGUUAUUUUGGGAGAAAAUGUCAUCUACCAUCACCCAGACUAAGAGCAUUUUUUUUCUCGAGAUGUUAUUUCAGUGCAUAGUCAUACAUACUAUAAAAUGGUGUAUGCAAGGUUCUGUGUGAAUUUUCAAGAAAUAAAGAAAGUGGAGAGAUAUCUAGGCGAGCUAUAGGAAUGUUGGAGGCUUGAUUUUCUCUAUUGCUUUUAGAAAAUAGCAAAAUAGGUUAAGUACUUAAGAAAAUUAAUUAUCGAAAUAUGAAAUUUUUGCUAGGAAAAAGCCAGGAAAAUUUUAUUUCAGAUUUGUGCAGACAUCCUGUUAAAGCCAGUUGCAAAAAAGGAUUAUAAAUUAUACUCAACAAAAUUUGCGAAUGAUGUAUUUACAUACAGUGGUUUUGGCUGUAAUUUUGCUGUGUUUUGCUCGCAAAUAUUGAUUGUUCAUAUACAAUGAAUAAUAGUCUGAUUCUUAACAUUCCCUUUUUUGUAGUCAAGUACUGUAGUCAAAUAUAAGUUAUUUUAUAAGUGCAUAUGUAUUGCAUGGUUAGUCUUUAAGCUUAUUUAUGUAGUAGUCCUCAUUAAAUGUAUUAGUGCUUGUAGUUCAUUCAUAGUUUGUUACUGUUGACAUUUGUGAAUGAAUUUUGUAUCACACAAUGUACUGAAGAGAAUCAAGAAUUUUUUAUUCAUUGUGUACAUGUGUUAUAAAUUUGUCUGUAUUACUUUUUUAUUUCCUUAAAUAAUAUUUUCUUCAUUACAAAAUGAUAAUGUUAUUUACUUCUGCAAUGUAGUAAGUGUGUAUGCACUUUAAAAUCAUAUUUAAAUGUGUUUGGUUUUUCUCUAAUUUGUGCAUUGUAAAAUUUAUUCUGUAUUUUGCAUUAUUUUGUGUUAUGCUUUUGAGCAGGAAUGAAUUCAAAGAGGAAAGAGAAAAAUAAAAAAGGGGAGGGAGAAGGGUUUUGUAAGGGUUUUCCUUCCCCCCAAAAUUUUAUCUGAAGAUUAUUUGAUUAGGUAUUUAAUGUGUUUAGGCUUUAAAUAAAAUUUUUUUAUCACCAAAGAAAAAUCAUGCUAAACAACUAAAACAGAAACGUAUUCUUAAUUCUUUAGCUGCGGAAAUAUGAAAAGCAAUUUUUUAUCCAGAAUGUGUAUCAGUCAGUGCCAAGCUGUUAAGAGUUGUUGACAAAAAUAACAACUCAGAGAAAUAACAUACAAUAUGUAAAUAAGUGUUUCUAUGUAGGAAAAAAAGACAUGCCACUGUGAGGUAUCGAUUUUACAAAUGGCAGUACCAAAUAAAAACUAGUUCACAACAAACAUGCAUCGCAGCAUAGAACACUCGACAGAAGCCACAUGCGGCAUGUAUGCAUUUGAGAUAAGUCGAAUGAUGCAGUUAAAGAGUUAAGGGGACCCCUUUCCUCUAUUGUUUGUCCUCCAAAAGAAAUUUCUAGAUGCAUUCAUUCCUGUCUGCUCAUUAACUUACAGCUUGACUUGUCUCUAGUAUAGUCUGCAGGCGCACACUAGAAAAAAAUGCUGUGUCACUGUUCACAUACCUUUGUUUGCUCGAUCCAGCAUUCUUGAGAAAGGGUGGCGGGACUGGUCACUUGCACUACUUGCGGUUAUUGAAAAAUUAAAUAUUUUACGACGAUGCAUUAUGAUGGUGCAGUGAUCAGGCCGCUUUCCACGAAUCUGGGAGAUCCAAGUUCCCUUGCAAUAUACCAGUGGCAUUGCUUUCAACACUAGAUUCAGCAACACUAAUAGUACAUAUAUACUUUGAGGUAGGUGUACUUGUAAUGAGGUUCCUCUGCGGAUGUAAACUUUCCCAUCCAAACUCUUCACAAAGUUUUAGGUUGACAGUUGACAUUGCAGUCCUCAACUGUUUCAGCUUAUUUCUGCAUAUUUGUGAUGGCUUGUCUUCACCUCGUUAAGUUAGCUGAUAAUGUUUGUAUCUUACGUUUAUUCAUUCUAAAUUGGUUCGAUUUCUGCAGUCAUAAACCUGCACUUAUCAAUUAAAUAUAAAACAAAAAUUUGGUUAUUUACAUACAUUUUUAAGUAGUACUAAUUUAAUAUUUUUAAAAUGAUUAUGUAUUUGUUUAUAUAAUUCAUUUACGUUAAGGGGUGUUAAGUGCUUUAUAUGUCAUUUUGCUCAAGUCAGAUUUUGGCGACGUCUGUGAUCAGUAUUUUAAAUCUAAUGAAACUCGUUCUUGUUAACAAAACUGAACAUCAAAUAAUACACUUUUUUACCAUGAUUGGUAGCAGAGACACACACCGUGAAUCAUAUUGUGGGAAUCAGAAGUCAAAGUUUAGUUUGUUAAACCCAUAGCGUUUGAAUAAAAAUUUAUAAUGUUAGAUGGGUGGGGGUGGGAAGUAAAAUUUCUGAAAACCUCUUGUCAUGAAAAUUGACAAAUAAAACUAUAUAUGAUGUUUAGUAUUUUUGUAUUUGUCAGCAGUAUGUAGUUGUUUGUUUAUAGAACUUUCUAGUUUCUUUCAUUUAUGAUAGUUAUUUUAACUUUUUUUAUUGAAUAAUAAUCAUCACCUUACACCAUCACAUUUUGAACAUGAUAGUGCUAGUUAUUGUAUUAAUAUAAGCUUUUUUUUUUUCCUUGAGCUGGCUGUUACAUGGCUUAUAGUUCAUAGGGAGUUAUUUUUUGUAUGUUGAUUACAGAAAUUAACGUCAAUGUUUAAUCAUUACCAAAAUGCCACGUGAUAUUCUAGAAUGUGCAUGACAAACACCAUUGGAUAAUGAAUAUGUAGUUUGUAAUAAUAUAUGUAGUUUGUAAUGUAGUAAUAUGUAGUUUGAAACAGAUGUGAAAUCAGCAAUUUAGUCUAUGGUUUUUAACAAAAGUUUUACAGAAAAAGGACACUUGUUAUGCUAAUAGUAUUGACAUAAUUUAUUUGAAUUUGGAAAGUCCAGGUUUUCCUAGUACAGUAAGUCCUCUAUUUACGUCGUACCGAUUUACGUCGUUUCGGAUUAACGUCGCUAAUGUUUGAGUACUCAUGUUUCAAUUUAAGUUGUCGCCGAUUCACAUUAACGUCGUUUACAAUGACCGUAAAUAUUUAUUUUAACCAAAACACCGUAUAUAAUUCGUUUAUAAUUCUUUGUUUCCUUCGGUAGUUAAUUUAUGAUAUGUAGCGUAAGCUACACGUUCACCGCCUUAUCUUAUCAUACAUCAUGAGGGACGCUUCCUGCUCUCCGCUGCUCUCCGCGCGGUGAUGCAAUACUACCAGCCCGCCCGCUCGGCCACCCUUGUAUCUCGCACGUAGAAGUGUUAUCUACUUCCCGCAACGACACAGCAUUUUCUCCUACCCCUUUUCGUCCAACUCCUUGGCACUUCAGUAGAGGUGUAAAAGUAACUAAAAAAAAGUGUACCCGUAUGUAUUCGUUACUAUAACAAUUAGUACUCGUUACUUUUGUAUCGUUACUCGUUACUACUGAUACCGCAUAACAUUCUAUGUUAUGUAACAGCAACGAAUCGAGUCGUAUUUCGUACGCGUAAAGUAUGACGUCGCGUAAAUAAUAAUAAAUCGAAUAUAAACAAUUAAAAGUAUUUGAUAAUUAACAGCUUUUGUUAACCAAGAAACAAUAAAAUCUCAUUAGAGCAGCUUUAUUAUAAUAUCUCUUUUAAGGUAAGAACAAAAAACGUGAAAAUACGCGAUAAUAAAAAACAAAAACAUACAUAUUUAUAAUUUGUAAAAAAUACUUUCUUACGUUGAUUCUGUUCCAAUCUCAAACUUUGUCUACAGACACAAUACCUUUAAUAAACAGUAAAAAACUUGGACGACGAAUUUCCAAAUUAUACUUUUCUUAAUAAACAAACAUCGUUCUUUGUAACGAAUAAGCGCGCGCAUGCGUAAAACAUACGAAAAAUGCGAGUAACGAAAUGCAUUCGUGUGUAACGUUUCGUUACUCGUUACUAGAUGCCGCACCCGUUACUCAGUAACGAGUACAUACGGUUUGCUACAGGACAGCUCUACACUUCAGUCGCUAUGAUAUCAUUGAGUUGGCCGGAGUUUUAAACGUGUCGUUGUUAACUUUAUCGUGAUUAAAUGCGUUUGUAGUAGGCCUACAGUAUCAGCUCACUGCAAUUUAUGAUUUUUUCUUCAUAAGAUGUCUUUCAAACGACUAUAUAUCUGUUUUUAUAUUUCAGUCAAUAAAGGUAAUAGAGCAGCUGGUUAAAUAACCAUUCUAUAAAGCUGAGAAGUACUAGUUGGACUUGUUUCCCACGCUGUCGGUUGUAAUUUGCUGUAUGCCAGCGCUUUCGGCCGACCUUGGGCCGUGGUCGGCCGGUGGCAUGAAACAUGGCUCAUUUUGCGUCGUUUCUAUUUACGUCGCGGUUUUCAGGAACGUAACCCCGACGUAAACCGAGGACUUACUGUAUGUAGUUUCAAGGUCUUGAAAACUAUAUUGAAUAUUUGCUGUAUACCGUGUAACUGUGCAUGAAAAUUGUUUUCACUGAGAAAAAAAGUAAAUUUAUACUAUUUUGCUGGAAUUUUAGAAAGCUACUUUUUGAAUGAUAGUCUUUCAAAGUAUAACCCAUUUUUUACCAACACAUUCCUGUGUUUGUAAUGCAUUAGAAUUUCCUGAUACCAGGUGGCUUGAGGUUAUGAUAAGGUUAAUUGACAUGGUCAUUGAAAAUGAUUGCCGCAAAUCUGAUUAUUGUAAAAGAAGCACUUAAUUUAUAUAUAUACACGUGUAAUCAUAAAAUGUUCAGAAAAGAUUAAAGUUUUAAGACUUUGCUUGGUAAACUUUGGUAUAAGCACCAUUUUAGCUCUGGUAAUGUCUAAACUGUAUUCAAUCGCCUGUCACGACUUCUGAACCAUGUCAAUGACUACAGUUGCAGUUGUUGCAGCCUUCUCUUUAAGGUAUGGGUGUUAGUUAUCUCAUCAGUAGACAUGAGAUUUUAUGGUUUUAUUUUCAGGCCAAUUUCAUUUUCAAAACAGGAGAUUUUGGUGUUAUUGUUUUUAUUUUUUUUUAUGAAAUCUGGUUUUUAAAAAUAAUAAUUGCACAUUACUGAACAAAUGUGGUACUGAAAUGUUCCAUGAUACUAAUUUUUUCAAAACAGUGUCAUUUUGUCUGAUACAUAAUGCACUUCUUCAAUAUAAUUUUUCGUAAUAAGCAUGUUUUUCGGAACAAAUAAAAUAAAACUGUUACAGGGUUCCCACGCUCCUUGAAAGUCCUUGAAAAGUGCUUGAAAUGGUUUGAAGUAAUCAAGGGCCCUUAAAAGUGCUUGAAAAAACAUUUAGGUGCUUAAAAGUGCUUGAUAAAAAUUUUACGCUGUUUACAAGAGUUAUAAUUACGUUGCAUUUAUUUGGGACAAGUUAAAAGUGGGGCACCGCAAUUUAAUUUUACGAUAUUUAUGGUACGUUCGAAUAUUUUCACAUAGAUUAAUGCCCUGUUUUUCGACGGCAUACGAUAAGAUAUCUUCUAUGUACUAUUUUUACCGGCAGUUAUGGUGUCAUCAAUGUUUUUGUUCUGAUAAAAGUUCGGUAUAAUGUUAAACUCAGCCAGUUUGAAAUGUUCUGUUCCUCAGAUAAGCUUUUAUCUUUCUGUUUGUAAGUAAUAGACAGAGAAAAAAAAAUUCUGCACGUGUUCAAAAUAUACGUACUAAAAUUUUCAUAAUAUUUGGGUCCUUGAAAUUUUUGAAAAAGUCCUUGAAUGUGCUCGAUAAGUGCUUGAAUUUUUUUAGCUAAAAGGAGUGGGAACCAUGUGUUAGUAUUUCUGCAUUUGAAAAAUCUUCUAAGGUCUUAAUGUAAAAAUGAUUAACUAAUAACAGUUGCAAGAUUAAAAAUAAAUUUUUUCCAAUUAUUUUUUUAUCAUGCUAAAUAAAUUACUUUCAUUAAAAAUAAUAUUUAAAUGAUUAUGUAUUUGUCACUAGUGUUAAAAUUUGAUUGAAAAUGCUGAUUAUUUUUAUGAUUUGAAUUGCAUUUCGGUGCUUUGUGUUGUAUUAAAUGAAUUUUGGUGUUAUAUUGUUUAUUUCGGUGUUAUUUUGGUUUUAUUGCUGUUCACCAUAUAAGCUUGUCCUUACUCAUCAGUGUAAAAUGUUUUAAACGUAUCUGUUCAGAAGAGAGUAAUGGUUUUAUGUGACCUUGUGUGACAGCGAGGCUUAAAAUGCCACAUGCCCGGAAGCGGAAGUGGGGUUUUAGGCUACUUUUGUUCACUCCGCUUAUCAGGAGGUUUUUCUCUUGGAUGCAAGUGUAAUCACUUUGGUUGCACUGGGGCAGUUGCAGAUUGGCAAACCACAACACUGUCUAUCGAACAGUUCACAUUCUGACAUCGCCACCUGACACUAAAGCAGAGUGAACAGGGUAGUCUGGCAAAAUCCACUCUUGCUUCUUGCACAUGUGGUGUUUUAAGCUUCACGGUCACGUACAUAAGGUCACACAAACACUUUGCGUUCUAAAAUUUUUUUUUACACUGAUGAGGUAAUGAACAUUCAGCACCUUAGACAGGGCUGUGGCAAUUGAAAUGUGACUGGGGACUCGAUUCAGAAGACGUGGCAGGCAAUUGAAUACAGUCUAGACAUCACCAGAACUAAAAUGGGUCUCAUAUUGAUGUAUACUAAGUUGAGUCUAAAACUUCAAUCUUUUCUGAACAUUUUAAGAUGCCACAUUUUGUAUAUUCAUUAAGUAUUUAUUUCAUAAUAAAAGUUUAGGAUUCUGGAAAUCAUUCUCAAUCAUCCUGUAUUUAUAAUGUUCUGCUGAGGCAAAUUCAGUGAACUGCUCAAUUUUUUGCAAUACCAUUCAUUUUGUAUGUAUGUAAUCAGUUUGAUGUACAAUCUUAAAAGUUAGAAUUUAUUGAUGUUUUAUGAUAUGUAGUAGUACUAAAUGCCGUGUCAGCACAUGCUUGUAAGAAUAUUCAUUUAGAUUCUAGCUAGUCAUAUUUAUGUUGUGAACCUAAAUGUGUUUCGUGUUUUAUACAUAGUGUUAAUUUGUUUGCUUAUAAUUGGUCUUUAGAAUUAUACUGGUAUGUGUUCAAAUAAGGUCACUUCCUUCUGUUUGAGUGCCUAUUUUUUGUGUCCAACUGCCCAUGUUUUAUUAUUAUUAGCAUCUGGAGUGGUAGGAGUCAUCCCUACUCCUGCAAGGCAGUCAAUUUGUAUCCCUCCACCAAUUAAUCAGGAACUGGUGAUGAAACUUAUACUACCUACCCAUUAAAGACACUGACAAAUUGUUUGCAAUGGCUUAUAAACUUCGCAAAAGAGUGCAUAGGUGCAACACGAAACAAUUGCAAGAAGACUUUGGUAGUUUAUAAACCAUGCAAUUCCACCAUCCUUACCACUUAAAAAAAAUAAAUAAAAACAUUGAUCUUCUUUUCAUAAUGAAUGUUUUUUCCCCCCGUGAAAAUGUCUUGAUUUAAUAUUAAUUUUAUCUAAAAAAUAACAUGCUUUCAUGAUGCAAUGUUUUUAUAACAGAAAAUGCAAUAAGUGUGAUAAAAAUAAAAUCUUUUCCUAUAAACAUUAUGUCUGCAUCUGUUAAAAGUUUUCGCAACAUUUCACUUCGAAUAUAGAAGGAAAACGCAAGCCAAAAUGCAAAACUUUGAGUGUUUAGUGAUGCUUUCGUAGCAAUUUUUGCAUUUUAUGCAAUUUAUUAAUAGUAGCUAUAUGAAAACGUUAUGUAACCUUCUGCGCCUUGCAUUUCUUGCUUAGUUUAUAAACCUGGCCUUAGUGUUCAAGUGUAAUCUAACAUAACUUUUAAUAACUACUUUUUACAAUACAAAAUUCUUUAAUAAAGUUCUCAUUAAAUUUAUGUAAAAUUAAUACAACACAUUAAUUCAGUGUAAAAAUUUCUUCAUCUUGCCAAUGAUAAUUUAUUUUAUCAGAUCACACUUGAUUAGUUGGACACCAAGAGUUUGGUACUCAGAACUGUUGGUUGUGCAUCAGCUAACAGGAGGGAGGGAGUUGGUCUUUGUUUGGACUAAACCAUGCAAGGAAAAAAACACCAAAGCAUAUGUAUUUAUUUAUAAUUUCUGUGUUAAAUUUAGUUGAGUUUAGGUUAACCUACAGAAAAAUUAACACUAAUUUGAAGUGACAACAUGUCUCAACAUUUAUAGACUGUAAACCUUUGAUUCUUUUCUUUUUUCCCCCCCAGUUUUAAGUUGUGAUAUUCAUGUUGGUACAUUGUGAGUUGAAAGAUGUUAGCAAAUUUUGUUUUCAAAAAUCCAUGCACAAUUGUAUAGCUGACAUUACAAUUUGGUAUUUUAUUUUAAGUACAUAAAUCCAUACAUUGACAAUAGGCAAGCGUGUUUUCCGCCUUUAAUGAAUGGACAACAGUUGUAUUUAAUUUUUAAGUGCUUGAAAGGUGGUUACGGUACUGCUACUAUUGUUUGUGUGUACUCUUCCAUACAGGACUCAUGUUGUAACCAUUGCAGGUUAACUACCGACUAUUUAUGCUUGGCCCUUUACCAAUAAAUUUCCGUUACUGUCUAAAAGACUAAGUAAAUAAUACAAAAAAAUUACUCAAUGAAAAGAAUUUGUGAUAAUGCAUUUGUGUGAAAGUGAUCAAAGCAAUAACAAUAAUGCUAGUUGAAUAUCUGUUUUUGAUGUACACAGUAAGCUGUUACCCUAUUAAUAUUUUUUAUUUAAUUGCUGCUGAUAGCAACAUGAGACAAUUAAUGUUCGAUAUUUUUUUGAAGUUAUACUUCUAAUGUGACUUCCAACAAGGUUGCGUUAAACGUCUAACGCUCCUGGGGAGGGGGAAUAGAAAGAGAGAGAGAGAGAGUGUGAAUGCUAUUGUAAGGAACUAAGUAGAGAGUAAGAAAAAAAUAAAGAUCCUGACAGUUUGUACUGUCGCCAUAUUUGUUUCAAUUUUCAAUACCCUUUUUGUAUAUUACAAUUUAAAUUGCAGAAAAAAAUCAUGUUUCAUAGAUACAUAAAUAGUAAGUGUGUGUCAUUUCUCUAGGUCCACGAGGUUUCGCCGCGUCAAUUUUCUCCUUGGGGCGAACCCGUCCGCUUAAUUAAAUAAACAGCUUUUAUCGUUGAAUGGUUUCAUGAUUAAUUUCAUGAAAAUCUGCUCUCAUAAAAAAGUUAAUUUAAUAGACAUUCAAUAGGUCUCUCUCUCUAUCUCUCUCUCUCUCUCUCUCUCUCUCUCUCUCUCUCUCUCUCUCACUUUCUAUCUCUCUCACUCUCACUCUCUCUCUAAAAAUCAAUCUAUGAAUCAUUACAAAUUUAUUUCCUUUAUUUUUUUAGUUUGAUUUAAUACAAUAUGAUUUCAUUAAAAAUCAAGUUCUACCCCUUCCUAUUUUCAUUUCCACAUUACGAAGUUUCACUUCUUCCGGGCGGAGGGACUCCACGCACUAUUUUUGCAUGCAAUUAAAAACUAUUUUUUAAUGAUGCCAAAGAAGUAUAACUUCUCACGCGCGUACCUAAGUACACUCACCCAUUUUUUGGUGUCAAGCAACAGUUGCACGUUUAGUUCUGGAAAAUAAUUAUCUUAAUAGAAUACAAUAAGAUGGAAGAUUUUCUAAGUUAUAUAAGUGAAGUUUGAGAAUUGUGUAUGAUGUUAUUGUUGUACUUAAAAGUAUUACCUAAAAUAAUUUGUGAUUUUGAACAUUUAUAAGUGAAAUGUACUGUAGAAGCAAUUUAAUUAUAAUUUUUUUUUAAAUGGAGUGCCUUGAUAGAAAUGUAAAUUGUAAAUUUAGAGUUAUUAAACUUGUACUAUUGGUACAAAAAUUACCUAUUGUAAUUAAAAAAAUACACAUUUAUUUGUAGUUUCCUUUGUCUAGUAUUGAUUUAAGAAUAAAUAUAAAAUUUUGCCAUUAAGGUAUAUUUGCAUGUAAAUCAAUGACAUGAGCUGAUUUUGUUUGUGGAAAGUACUUGCUAGUUUGUUUUGAAGUGUCGUCAAAGCGACUAGAUUUCUCGACUAGAUUUCUGUAACAUACUUUGAUGUCAGCAUUUCAUUCCUUGUUUUGGCCAUUUAUGCUUGCUCAUGUUGUGCAAUUUGGACAAUCAUUUUAUACGUAUCAAUAUGUUAUUGCAGGCAAAAGUGUUUGUCGAGUGAAACUGUUAUGAUUACUUUUCAAUAAUUGUUACAAUCUAUAGUGACAUCUAUAAUAUGCAAUACAAUCACUGUUUUUCCUGCAAGUAUUUUUAAUGAAAAUAUACUUUUUCAUAUCAGUUAUAGCUUUUUGUAACAUUAAUUUUUAUCAUAGAAAUAGUGGAAUACACUUAAGUACACUGUAUUGUAUGUAUUUCUUGCACUUGUUUGCUCUUAACUGUACCUAGUUAUACACUUGUGUUGCAUAGUUUCAGUAUUAUGUAUCACAGGAAAUUUGUUGGGUGAUUUUAUGAAUGGUGAGAGAUAUUACAGCUAAUUUUACUAAACCUAUUCCAGUUCCUGUGAAGCUCAGUUCAGAUGAACAAAUUUCUCGUCAAAUCACAUUCAAAUUUUUUUCUUUGAAUGAAUUUUCUUGAAUGGCUUACAUCAUCUCUGAUACAUCACAGCAGUUGCCUUCUCGUAGUUCAAAAGAUUGAAUGUUCUGAUUCCUUUUUGUAUCGGACAUAUUCUAUGUUUUCUUGAAAAGAAUUUCUCUUCCACCGUUUAGAUUGUCUUUAGUUUAUCUGUGGCAAUACAAUGUGUUCUAUAAAGAAUGAAAAUAAUUUUCUUGAUUGUUAAAAACAAUUUUUUUGAAACAAAAUAAAAUGAGUACCAAAAAAUAUUUAACCAUAGUAAAAUUUGUACAUUCAAUGGCCAAGAAGCACUUUUAAAUUAAUUUUUUACUUUGGAGAAUUAAAUAAAAAAGACUUCAGUUUUGAAAUAAAUUGAAUGUUUCAUUAAAAUAACAUAUUUUACUAAAAUAGUAAAGUUCGUAAAGUUUAAAUUGCCUUUCAAAAAUAUUUUCAACUUGUAUAAAAUGUAAUAUUUCAAGUGCAUUCACAUGUGUCUUUAAAAUUCAGUACAUUAACUUCAGUGCAUAAUGUAAUAAAUAUUGGAUAAUGUGAAAAUAACUUCACAGUCACUGACUUUUGUAUUGUGUUUAAUUUUUCAGUCUCAUAUUGUUGUAAUAAUGUUACAGAGGCAAUAUCUUGAACCUUUUUUUUUCUUCAUAUAUAACCUCUAUGUGGUCAGUGUAACAAAAAUUAAGUUUUUUCUUGAUUAACUUGAAUCAAGUUAGAAAUGAUUAUGUUAGUCCAUGCAAGCACAUGAAUUUAGUCAUUGGCAUGUCAUCAAUCAGACAUGUUAUUUAAGUUCAGUCAUUGUAGCCUAAAUCAUAUCAGUGCUAGUGAAAUGUAAAAGUAAUGAUGCUAUUUUUAAUUUUGUAGCAUUUAAAAAUGAUCAUAGCAUUGAAAAGCAAGAUUUCAUGGUUUUAUUUUUAUCUCAGUUUGUUUUGAAUUCAAGAGUUCUUUAUAAUUUUGUUGUUAACAUAGUGAAGUAUUCAACAAAUAAUGCAAUAAAAGUUUCCUAUAAUAUGCUGUUGUCAUCAAAAUAGAGAAAUUUGAACAGUGAUAUAAGCUUUAUUUUUUAAAUUUGUAAAUCAAUUUUUUAUUGUGAUCUAGACAGUCACUAACAAAACAAAAGCUUUAUGAAUGUAAUUCUCCAUCUGUUCUUCAGUAAACAACUAAUUCACUCAGAAAAUGAAAAUAAAAUAGCAAAUUAUCUUGUAAGUCCUUGUGGUUUAUACAUUUUGGUAAACUACAAAUUAAAAUUAUGUCAUCUACUAAAUUUGGAUUGCGACAGAAAUUUUUUUUGUGAUUAUAGCUAUGUUUUCUUUAAACUUGCUUUAUUUCAUGGUAUAAUACCUACAAUAAAUUUACAUCCUAAUUGUUGUUUCAGUUUUAUAACAAUUAACUUUAAAUUAAAAUUUAUAAUAAUCAAAAAUUUGAAUAAAAUUAUUGAAUAGUUGCUUCCCAUGCUUAUCUCUGUAAUUUAUUACAUUUUCCUUUACCACAUUUCCCAAUUUAGAGAAACUUUCUGUGUAGUAAAUGUUGCAACUCAGUAUAUAUUUUUCCAGAUUAUAACUUAAAACACAUCAUAUUAAUUAGAAUAGAAAUAGGGACUUCAUAAUGAUCAAAAAAUGUUGUUUGUUACCGAACGUUGUAAAGCAAUAAAUAAAAAAUACAUUACUUUCCAACUAGCAAAUGGGAGAUAGAGAAUGUGGUUUGGUACUGCCACUCUUCUUGUUUGUAGUGUACUCUUCCAUACACGACUAUGUUUUGCCUGCCGACUAUUCAUUUUUGGCCAGUUACCAAUAAAUUUCCUGUACUAUGUAAAAGACUAAGUAAAUAAUACAACAUUACUAAAUGAAAAGAAUUUGUGAUAAUGCAUUUGUUUGAAAGUGAUCAAAUGUAUGCCUUUGGUACAUGUACGUAUACAUGUUCUUUUUUUUUUUUUUCCAGUUGAAACUGUGCAACAAGGGUGCAGUAAUUUGUGUAGACUGUAUUUGCUUUUUAAAUAAGUAAUCUGCAUGAUCAAUUUUUUGUCAUUCCAUUUGUGAUCAACUUUUGCAUAAAUUAUUGGUGUAUUUUUGAUCUUUCUAUGAAUUUGUGUACAUUUAAUAUACACUUACAUGUUUUAGUUUGUGACCAACCUCGUUUUGGGGACGGUUAGCAAUGUUGUUUAUGCAAUUCAUCUCUGUUAAUUGUAUUGAAUAUUAUUUUGAAGCAAUAAAUAAAAUUAAGCUUUA